CUUUCCUGAGUCUCCAUUGGUGAGCGGCCUCUCAGCAGUUGCCGGGACAUGGCCGAGGCCGGCGGCUGGCGGCCGCCGCGCCCCUGCGAGGCCUACCGCGCCGAGUGGAAGCUCUGCCGCAGCGCCCGGCACUUUCUGCACCACUACUACGUCCACGGAGAGCGGCCGGACUGCGAGCAGUGGCGGCGCGAUCUGGCCAGCUGCCGCGAGUGGGAGGAACGCCGGAGCGCCGAGGCCCAGCGGUCCCUCUGUGACAGCGAGCGUUCAAGAGUCCAGGCAGCACAGAAAUAUGCACUGGUGUGGACCCCAAGGCAGAAGCCCCCUGCAGACUGGCACCUCCCUCUGCCAGAGGAGGAGAACGACAAGUGAUGAACACCCCUGUGUGGCUGGGAUCAGUUACAGGACCCUAAGGACUGUGCCCCCCUGCCCCCCCUCCCCUUGCACGCAUGCGCGCGCGCGCACACA